ACACCAGUGGCGCCCUCACAAGCCGUGUACUACCCAACUUGUCAAUUUUGUAUUUUUUCGCUAAAAAAUCGCCGAUAGCCCUUAUAAACACACAUUUGCCCCUCUAAAAGCGCCCAACUGUUAAAAUGUAAUCCUCCUGACCCGCCCCUGUGCCCUGUCUUUUGAGGUUAUGUCACAAUGUCUUUCGCCCCGAGCCUCCUCGAUUUGCCUAAUUGUGUUAUUUUGCAACUUUUGCAAUACUUGGACGCUACCACGUUGUAUUUGCUGGGAAGGACUUGCGUCCGUUUGGACGAAAUAAUCCGCAAUUCGAGGUUUUUAUGGAAGCGAAUUGAUGCUCGGCGUUCGCCUAAUGACCGUGCCAAGGUGGUGUAUUGUCUCGAACGAUGCAACAGAGAGACGCACACUUUCCUGGUACGGGGUGAUAAUCAAGGUGAGACUCUAGUCCCUGAUUUGUUCUACUCGGGACUUAAUAUGGUGCCCAAAAUGAAAAACAUCGUUGUGCUAGCGCUAGAAAAUCAGACGAUUCACGAGAGACAAUACUCAAUUUUGGAGUUUCCACCUCGAUUGGAGGAGCUGAGUUUGAGGGGGACUGUGGUUGCAAAGUCGUUGGAAUUUUUCAAAGCGUCAGGAGACCAUUUCCAAAAAUUGCGAGUUUUGAUCCUUGAUGAAUGCGCUUGGGUCACAAGUAUUGCCCUGAUGUCGAUUUCAAAAUACCCGGCAUUGGAAAUAUUAUCACUCUAUAAGUGUAAAAAUAUAGACAAUUCCAUCCCCUAUCUGAGUCUCUCGGGGCACGGUUUUAAGCAAUUGAGAAUUUUUGAUGCCCGUUUAUCACCCUUGGGUAACACAUUAAUCCGUUCAAUCUACAAAUCGCCGUGUUUGCUCGCCAUUUAUUUACAAAAUGACGACAUCUCGUACGCUCUAGAUCACUACAAGAGGGAACUGGCGAUCAAAAAAGGGGCCCCCACCCGAACAGACGCCCCCAAAACGGUUGACUUAGCCGAUUAUUUAACCGAAGAAAAUGGUUUAAAUUACGAACAAUCGGCAACACUUGAUGACAGGGGGCUCCUGGACUACUUAACAACAAUCAGUGGGCAAACCUCAAUUCAAUUCCCUGUUUCCCUCCUCUAUUUGGACCCAUACAACGACUGUACUUGUCAGCAAGACGACAAAAAAACACAAAAAAAAGUCACCAGUGACUCAGAUUCAGGUGAUGAUGAUGAUGACGACGAUCAAGACAGCGAUGAUCCCGAUCUCUCCAUUCGGGAGAUUUCGGCUAAAAUCGCACGCUUGGCACGCUUGAUUCGUCGCAAUCGAAAUAAUGUUUCCUACGGUCAGAGGGUCAAUCACGACCCCCCUUGGCCCUUCAUUGGCCCCUACAUUGACGAUGUGUUGAGACAACGGUGUCUGGUGUUGGGGUACCCCAACAGUGAGGGCAGAGAAGACCUCCAACCCAUUAUUGAUAUUCGGCUCAAUCCUCGACAAGUCAAUGUGAGACAGUUUCGCGUCCAGGAGGUGCCCCGCGAAAUUCGUAAACGUUUUACGGAGACAUCGGAGGGGCCCCAGCAAAAGAAGCCAAAGGCUGAUGAGGCUUUGCCCGGACCUAGCGGCCUCCAGCCGAUUCCAGAAGAGGUAAAUGAGUCUGAUAAUGAGAGGGCCCCCUCACCGCCGCAAGAGCCCCCCUACUAUCGUAGGGUUUUUUUCCGCGGUUGUCCCGUCAUACAAAUCGAGAAUCUUGAUGAAGUCAAGAAGGACUUUUCCGUACCGUUGAAACGACUGUCUUUAAGGGGGUACAAGAAGAUUACCAAUACGGCGCUACAUUACAUCAAGGAUUUGGAACUCGAAUUGUUAGACGUGACCUAUACGAGUAUUACAAAGGACGCAAUCGAAAAUUAUUUAGUGGAGCACCCUUCGUGUCGGGUGCUCCAUGAACAGUUUUGUACGUGCCCCCCGAAUUUGCAUUUUUAGUUUUCGUGUAAAUAUUGUGAUAGGGAAUGGAAUAACUACCGUUUUUUGUAAUAAAUUUAUUUAAAUCGGAAA